UCGUCUUGAAUCGUCAAUAUGAACUUCAGUUGUUAGAAGCUCGCAUGGUCAUAUGUCAUUCACGUGAUGCGAUGUUGAUUUUCGAGGCUGUCGUUCACAACGUUCUUCUGGUAGCUGCGCGCUUGCAUAUCAUGCUGCGCCGUCGGUGCAUCACGGACUGCGGCGUCAUCUCAGCGCAGGAAACUGCUCCCUACGCGCCUCGAGCUCUGAAUAGCGUCGACAAUAGUCUUGGGACAAAAUCAGCGUAGCAUUAAUUAGUAGAACGCAAGCAAUCCACGAUA